AUGGAUGAACCAGGCUUCCACGCUCGCCGCCGCGCCGAGCGCGAGCAGCGCAAAGCAGCCAUCGACGGCAAGCUCGGACUGCACGGGAUCAAAACGACCGCCCCUUUGGCCGACCAAGCAGAAUUGCGCUCGAAAGUCGGCGUGCCAGACGACGCCAAGGACAGUGUUGCCGGCACGUACAAGGAGGAAUACAGGCCUGUGCAGACGGUCGUUGACCACGAGGACGUGCCCGGACCGAAGCCGGCGCAGGGCACCGUCCCGAAUGUCGAGCCGCUCAAGCAUCGCCCGGGCACGAGCGACAGGCGCAUGAGCCCGCAUCUCGUCACCAUGACCAACGUGAUGCUCCGCUACGACACCUGCGUGAACAACGUCUGGCACGGCUUUGCGAUGAUCGUGACCUCCGACAGCGGUUCGGACUACUCUACCCCUCCCACCCUGACGCUCGAAUGGGACGCCACAGGCGGUGCACUCGAGUCUCGUCUCUCGAACUUGCAGAUCCACGAAAUGCCGAAGAAGCACGAGGAAGAAGGAGUUGGACGCCGAACGAUUACGGGACAUAAGAUCCAGACGUAUUACUCGAUGGCGGGCGGGCAGAGUUUCUGGAGGUUCAAGAUUGAGGUGCCGAUGGGCGAGCGCGAGGAGGAGAUCUACUAUUCCCUCAACAACGGACCGGAGAACUCGUUCUGGGUACCAGCAGCCGACCAAGAGUUCCGAGUAAUGUACCAUUCCUGCAACGGCUUCUCGUCCGGUGUCGACACCGCCGCGUUCAACGGUCCCGAUCCGCUCUGGCGCGACGUCCUGCGCAAGCACGAGCAGAAGCCCAUCCACGUCAUGGUCGGCGGCGGCGACCAACUCUACUGCGACCCCUUGACAAAAGAACCGGAGAUCGCUCCCUGGAUCGCCGAAACGGACGUUGCGACAAAGAUUGCGGCGCCUGUGACGGACGAGAUGAAGUUUGCGCUGGACAGGUUCUUCUUCAACUGGUACUGCUCUUGGUUCCGCGACGGCGCGUUCGGUAUCGCCAACGGCAAGAUCCCGAUGCUGAACAUGCUCGACGACCACGACAUGAUCGACGGCUUCGGCUCGUACCCGGACAACUUGCAGCGGUCACCUGUCUUCAGCACGAUCGGCGCGACGGGCUACAAGUGGUUCCUGCUGUUCCAGAUGUUCAUCGUCGACGAAGUGGACGGCACCGCCGCCGACUCGGCCGUCGGCAUCCCCUCCGUCUCGACCCACCCCUCCAAAUCGCUCAUCAUCGGCGGGGAAGGCGCCUUCAUCCCCUACCCGAAUCACUCGUUCCUCUCGUACCUCGGUCCGAGGCAGUACAUCCUCAUGAUCGACUGGCGGAGCGAGAGAAGGUUCGAUCAGUUGGCGAGUCAGACGACGUAUGACAGGUGUGAGAGGGCGGUCAAGGCUUUGCCGGCGGGUGUUGAGCACCUCGUUGUCCUUCUCGGCGUACCUAUCGCCUAUCCUCGCAUGGUCGCGCUCGAGAACAUCCUCGAGAGCAAGUUCAACCCGAUGACGCUGCUCGCGCGAGCCAAGUUGAUGCCUUCGGCCGUCAACAAGUUCAACGCCGAAGCCGAGCUCAAGGACGAUCUCGCAGACCACCCCUGCGCAGGCGACCACAAAGCCGAGCGGAACGCGCUGAUCGAGCGGUUCCAGCGCUGGGCGGUCGGGAAGCACGUCCGCAUCUCGUUCAUGAGUGGGGAUGUGCACUGCAGCGCGAAUAGCAAGUUCUACUCGAAGAAAAAGCUCGAGCCGGCGCAGGACCCGAAGUACAUGUGUCAAAUCAUCUCGUCUGCGAUCGUCAACACGCCUCCGCCCCCGCCUGUCAUCUGGCUCGUCUCGAAGCUCGGAGGGAAGAAGCACAAGACGCUGCACAAGAUUGACACGGAGGAAGAGCUGAUCCCUCUCUUCACCGAAGACACCGACGGCUCGAAGCCGAAAAGCAACACUGUCAUGGGCCGCCGCAACUACUGUAUGGGCGACUACGACCCGGCGACGGGCGACAUGGUCUUCUCGCUCUGCAUCGAGAAGAGUCAAGGCAGCGGCACCACCAAGGAAUACGUCGUCCGCACUCCCGCACCGCGCUGGUGA